UCUCCUCCGACUCGGACACCGGCGGAGCCUCCCCGCCUCCGCGGAAGAAAGCGCGGGCCUCCCCGGCGGCGGCGGCGGAGGGAGCAGGAGAGCCCGGGGCUUCUGCGGGCAGAGCAGGCCUCACCUCGUCCCCGUCCCCCUCGCUCUCCGCCGGGCUCGCCCCCCCAGCUGCCAACCCCCUCAGGGCUAGCGGGAGCGCCGUCAGCACCAGCACGAGCAGCAGCAACGCCAUGCAGGCCAACGGGGCAGGAGGGGGGCAGCAGCAACAGCCGCCGCCGUCGUCGACGUCGCAGGGUCCUGAGCUGGGCUGCCUCAGCGCCCAAAACGGCGAGGCCUCGUCGGGCUCGACCGCUGGGGAGCAGCUGGCUCAUGCCAACGGGUUGCUGUCUUCAGCCAACAACAACGGCGGCGGGGGUGGAGGCGGCGGGCUGAGUGUCAACAACGGGGUCUCGGCCCCCGGGGGGUCCGUGGCCGAGAUGGGGGGAGGCAGCGGUGUCGGGAUCGGCGGCAGCGCCCUGAAGAAGAAGAAGCGGCUCUCCCAGUCCGAUGAGGACGUGAUCCGGCUCAUCGGGCAGCACCUUCACGGACUGGGCCUCAACCAGACUGUUGAUCUUCUAAUGCAAGAAUCAGGAUGUCGUUUAGAGCAUCCUUCUGCUACCAAGUUCCGCAAUCAUGUCAUGGAAGGAGAGUGGGAUAAGGCUGAGAACGACCUGAAUGAACUCAAGCCUUUAGUGCACUCUCCUCAUGCAAUUGUGAGGAUGAAGUUUUUGCUGCUGCAGCAAAAGUAUCUAGAAUAUCUGGAAGAUGGUAAGGUUCUGGAGGCACUUCAGGUUCUGCGCUGUGAACUGACACCUCUGAAGUACAACACAGAGCGCAUUCAUAUACUCAGUGGAUAUCUGAUGUGUAGUCAUGCAGAAGACCUGCGGGCAAAAGCAGAAUGGGAAGGAAAGGGAACAACUUCCAGAUCUAAGCUUUUGGACAAACUCCAGACUUACCUACCACCAUCAGUGAUGCUCCCCCCAAGGCGUCUGCAGAACCUGCUGCGUCAAGCUGUGGAGCUACAACGGGACCGGUGCCUCUAUCACAAUACCAAACUAGAUAACAAUCUAGAUUCUGUAUCGCUGCUUAUAGACCAUGUUUGCAGUAGGAAACAGUUCCCAUGUUACACACAGCAGAUACUAACAGAACACUGUAAUGAAGUGUGGUUCUGUAAAUUCUCCAAUGAUGGCACUAAACUAGCAACAGGAUCAAAGGAUACAACUGUUAUUAUAUGGCAGGUUGAUCCAGAUACGCACCAGCUAAAAUUACUCAAGACACUGGAAGGCCAUGCAUAUGGUGUUUCCUACAUUGCUUGGAGUCCAGAUGACAACUACCUGGUUGCCUGUGGCCCAGAUGACUGCUCUGAGCUUUGGCUCUGGAAUGUACAAACAGGAGAGCUGAGGACAAAGAUGAGCCAGUCUCAUGAAGACAGUUUAACAAGUGUGGCCUGGAAUCCAGAUGGGAAACGUUUUGUCACAGGGGGGCAACGUGGACAGUUCUACCAGUGUGACUUAGACGGUAAUCUCCUGGACUCCUGGGAAGGAGUGAGAGUGCAAUGCCUGUGGUGCUUGAGUGAUGGGAAGACUGUGUUGGCAUCAGAUACACACCAGCGAAUCCGGGGUUAUAACUUUGAGGACCUUACAGACAGGAACAUAGUCCAAGAAGAUCAUCCAAUUAUGUCAUUCACUAUUUCAAAAAAUGGCCGGUUAGCGUUGUUAAAUGUAGCAACUCAGGGAGUUCAUUUAUGGGAUUUGCAAGACAGAGUUUUAGUGAGAAAGUACCAAGGUGUUACACAAGGGUUUUACACGAUUCACUCAUGUUUUGGAGGCCAUAAUGAAGACUUCAUCGCUAGUGGCAGUGAAGAUCACAAAGUAUAUAUUUGGCACAAACGUAGUGAACUGCCAAUUGCGGAGCUGACAGGGCACACGCGAACAGUCAACUGCGUGAGCUGGAACCCGCAGAUUCCAUCCAUGAUGGCCAGCGCUUCUGAUGAUGGCACUGUUAGAAUAUGGGGACCAGCACCUUUUGUAGACAACCAGGAUAUUGAAGAGGAAUGCAGUAGCAUGGAUAGUUGAUGGUGAACUUGGAGCAGACGACUUCUGUUUAACUUAAAUUUAGUCGUAUUUUAAAUGGCUUGGGAUUUGGUGCAAACAAACAUGAUUGAUAGCUGGACAGACAUGCUCGUCAUGAAAAAAAAAA